AUGUCUCAUGUUAAAUUGACCUUAUGCAGAAUUAACCAAGAUUAUGGUGAAGCAUGUAAUCGGAUGUCAGACAAUGAAGCAGUGGGCUGGUUUGAAACGGUAAGAGCUGUGCUUAAAGAUUUGUUAAGGGAAUCUCCAAGAUGGAUCUAUAGUCAAAGAAAGGAGGCUGAAGAACAUGGUCAGCAUUUUCGAGAAGAUGAUCAACAAUGUGUAAUUGAUCCGGGGACCCUGAAUGAAAAACGACGCCUUGCUUACAACAUCAUCACAUCUCAGUAUGGUGAUAAUGCCGAGCCUGUUUAUAUGAUUGUGUGUGGAACAGCUGGCACAGGUAAGACAUACUUAAUAAGUGCAACGAAACAAGUAUUAGCCGCCCAGUGUGUUGUUACAGCAACUACUGGGAUUGCAGCCUUUAGUAUUAACGGUCAAACAUUAAAUUCUGCUGCUCAACUUCCUAUCCGUGAAUAUAGGGAUUUGCAGGGUGACUCACUACAGCGGUUACAGCUGAAGCUAGAAGGUAAAAGAUUUCUGAUUAUUGAUGAAAUGUCAAUGAUUGGACAUAAAAUGCUAUCAUGGCUUGACAAUAGAUUACGUGCUGGUACUGGAAAGGAAGAUAUCCCUUUUGGUGGUAUGUCAGUAAUUCUAAUGGGUGAUUUUGGUCAAUUACCACCUGUUGGUGAUAAGCCAAUGUAUGUUUCAGGUAAUGGAACAGUAGUAAGUGACCAUGGACAUGUGAUUAUUUUAGAUCAAGUUGUGUGUCAGGCUGGUGAGGACCCCGAGGCAGUUGCUUUUAGAGCUUUGCUGAUGAGAAUGCGAAAUGGAAAAUUGACAGAGGAGGACUGGAAACUAUUGUUGGAGCAUUCAACAUCAAGUGUACCAAUGGAUCAAUUCACUGAUGACAUCUGA